UGUUCGAAAGUUAGGGUAACCGAGUAUUAUUAUGUCAAUACUCACUCCAAAAAUACUAGAUUUUAAGCUAAGGUAGCUUCAGCUUUAGUUGAGCAUGACCAAAGAAGAGGAGGCAGGAAUUACUCCAGUCAACGCGGAUGAUGCAACUUGGAUUUUGACUGCUUCGUUUGUGAUAUUCACAAUGCAGACUGGUUUCGGGCUUUUAGAAUCUGGUGCUGUUUCCAAAAAGAAUGAAGUUAAUAUUCUGAUGAAAAACGCCGUUGAUGUUGUUCUGGGCGGACUUUCUUACUGGAUGUUCGGCUACGGUCUUCAAUACGGUACAGGACCAGGAACAUCUGCCUUCUGCGGGGUUGGUUUAUUCAUGGUAGAUACCGAAGACAACGACGGUGGUGUCUUCGCUACCUUCAUUUUCCAGUUAUCCUUCGCUACAACUGCUACAACUAUAGUAUCAGGUGCAAUGGCUGAAAGGGCUGACUUCAACGCCUACAUAUUGUUUUCUUUUGUCAACACCAUCACUUACUGCAUACCAGCUGGCUGGAUGUGGGGUGACCAUGGUUUUUUGAAAAAAUUAGGAGCCAUAGAUUUUGCUGGUUCAUGUGCUGUGCACUUAACUGGAGGUGCAUCGGCUCUGGUGGCGGCUUCUAUGUUAAAACCGAGACUGCAUAGAUAUGAUCAGAGCACAGCUUCAUUAGCAAUGGGCGACCCAGGAAAUGCUAUAAUGGGACUGUUUACUUUGUGGUGGGGAUGGCUAGUAUUUAAUACUGGUAGCAGCUUCGGAAUAACCGGAAAUAAAUGGCAAUACUCAGGAAGAGCUGCUAUCAAUACUAUAAAUGCGUCUCUAGGAGGAGGUGUCACUGCGCUUAUAGCAACAUAUCUAAAAAAUAGGUCCUUUGGCGUGAGCGACACUGUCAAUGGUAUAUUAGGAGCAUUAGUUGGAGUAACAGAGAAGACAAUUCCUCUUUUUAUUAAUAAAAGUGGUAGAACAAGUGUUUCAUCAAUAACAGGUACUUUUCGACUGAUCCANGCUGUACACGGAGUCGGUGGAUUUCUAGGAAUGGCUGCUGUUGGACUGUUUGUGGAAGCGGAUCCCUUACUGAACAUGACGAAAGGUUUAAAUGGUUUGUUCAAAGGGGGUGGAUUUUAUUUCUUGUUGGUGCAACUUUUCUCCUGUCUUUGUACAGCAGCAUGGAGCAUGUCUACGACUUUUCUUAUCUUGAAAGGAAUCAAUUUUAUCAUUCCAAUACGCAUGACAGAACCUGAAGAGCUUUUGGGAGCUGAUUUUAAUGAGCACAACAUUCGUCACGAUGGCUAUGAUUAUGAACACUUAAAAACUGAACUGGAAAGGAGAGGAUUCCACGUCCAUUACGGGCCUUACGCUCCUCCGAGAAGUGAAUACGAUGAUUACGUAAUGGACAAUUAUUUGAGGAGCCAAUUGAACAGCCAGCACAUUGCGUGGAAUGAAAGACCAGCAAAAAAGAAAACAAACAAGAAUUUGGCAAAAGUGUUACGCUCUUUCCACAAAAACUGUACCAUAUCAUAAUUCUUGUAAGAAUAAACUAUCUUAAGCA